AUGAACGUCACUUUCACUGUCCAACGAGGAUCCCAAAGCGGGAAAAUCGUGCAGGAUACCUCCCACCGACAACUGGGCCGCAACGAUGCCUACGUCAAAAUCACGCACUCUGGCUUAUGCGGAACCGAUGAGCAUUACCUUUGCCGUGGCAUUGUUCUAGGCCAUGAGGGAAUUGGCCUGGUCGAGGCUGUUGGUCCAGAUGUCACCUCAGUCAAAGUCGGUGAUCGAGUCGGAUUCGGCUGGGUUCACAAGACGUGCGGACGAUGCGAAUAUUGCCUGACUGGACUGGACUCGUACUGCGACAACAGGGCACAAUUUGGCACUCAUGACCAUGAUGUUGGCUCUUUCGCCAGCCACGCCGUCUGGGAUGCCGAUGCCCUCUUCAAGAUCCCCCAUGGCAUCGAUAGUGCCGAUGCCGCUCCCUUGAUGUGCGGCGGAGCUACGGUCUGGACACCUUAUUCUCUGUACGGGAUUCGCCCAAGUGAUAGGGUCGGCAUUUUGGGUAUCGGCGGCCUUGGCCAUCUAGCCAUCCAGUUCGGAGCCAAGAUGGGCUGCAAGGUGGUCGUCUUCUCAAGCAGCGAGUCCAAGAGAGAGGACGCAAUGAGGCUCGGUGCAAGCGAGUUCCAUGUUCUGACUGCCGACUCAUCCCUGGAGGGAAUCAAACCAGUCAAGCAUAUGCUGCUCUGCGGAAAUGCGCAGCCUGAUUACAACCGUAUCAUUGAGCUUACAGCAUCGGCCGGCAAGAUAUACAACCUGACUGUGAGCUUUGAACCAUCUCCCGUGCCAAUGUUGCCGCUCUUAGUCAAAGGCAUCAGCAUCCAGGGCUCGGCAGGGGCACCUCGGGCUGAGAUCCGAAAGAUGCUGGACUUUGCCGAGCAGCACGGAAUCAAGCCCGCCAUCAUGAAGUGGCCCUUGAACACCCAAGGUGUAGAGGAUGCGAUGAAGGCCCUGCGAGAGGGCAAGAUGAGGUACCGCGGUGUCUUGGUGGCAGAAUAA